AUGGGCGCAGAGGAGGAGGGGGUCUGGGGGGACCACGGAGCGCCUCUGGACCCGGACCGGGAGCUUAAAUACGCAGAGCUGUUCCAGCAGCUGGACCUGAACCAGGACGGGAAGGUGGACAUCACCGAGCUGAGGACCGGACUGGCUGCCCGGGGUCUGCACCGGGGGGAGGCCGAGGAGAUCGUCCUGGAGAGUGAUAUCAACCAUGACGGUCUUCUGGACUUCCAGGAGUUCUCCCAGUACCUGUGGGCUCAUGAGAAGAGGCUGUGGCAGAUGUUCCACAGUCUGGACCGCAAUAAUGACGGUCGAAUUGAUGUUGGGGAGAUCCAGCACUCGCUGCACAAGCUUGGUGUGAAGGUGACCAUGGAGCAGGCCUCCAGGAUCCUGCAGAGUAUGGACAGGGACGGCACCAUGACCAUCGACUGGAAAGAAUGGAGAGAUCACUUUCUGUUCAACCCUUUUCACAACAUGGAGGAAAUAGUCCACUAUUGGAAACACUCCCACAUGUUGGACAUCGGGGAACUUCUAACAGUCCCAGAUGAGUUCUCGGAGCGGGAGCGGCGGUCCGGUCUGGUGUGGAGGCAGCUGGUUGCCGGAGCGAUGGCGGGAGCCGUGUCCCGGACAGGAACCGCUCCUCUGGACCGCCUCAAAGUCUUCCUGCAGGUCCAUGGCUCCUCGUCUCGGGGGAUGAACCUGUGGUCUGGGUUGAGGGGGAUGAUCCAUGAAGGAGGCCUCGUCUCUCUCUGGAGGGGAAACGGCAUCAACGUCCUCAAGAUCGCUCCUGAAUCUGCCAUCAAGUUUAUGGCCUAUGAACAGAUCAAGUGGCUGAUCCGAGGGAGUAAAGAGGGAGGCGGUCUGCGGGUCCAAGAGAGGUUCAUCGCUGGUUCUCUGGCAGGAGCUACAGCCCAGACCAUCAUCUACCCCAUGGAGGUGCUGAAGACUCGUCUGACAUUAAGGAAGACGGGACAGUACUCCGGUAUGGCAGAUUGUGCCAGACAGAUCGUGAUGACGGAGGGAGUGAGAGCUUUCUACCGAGGCUACCUGCCCAACACGCUGGGCAUCAUCCCCUACGCCGGCAUCGACCUGGCCGUCUACGAGACCCUGAAGAACGCCUGGCUCCAGAGGUACUGCGUGAACACAGCCGAUCCUGGAGUCCUGGUCCUGCUGGGCUGUGGGACCGUGUCCAGUACCUGUGGCCAGCUGGCCUCUUACCCCCUCGCUCUCAUCAGGACCAGGAUGCAGGCACAAGCUGUGACUGAGGGCCAGCCCAAGCUGACCAUGCUGGGCCAGUUUAAAUACAUCAUCUCCCAUGAAGGAGUCCUGGGUCUGUACCGAGGAAUCACCCCCAACUUCCUGAAAGUCAUCCCAGCCGUCAGCAUCUCAUACGUGGUCUACGAACACAUGAAGAAGAUCCUCGGGGUGGGCUACUACUGACACAAAGAGGAGGAUGGAUGGAUGAAGGACAGAGAGGCCAAAGGCUUCAGAAGAAGAGAAGAAAUGAUGAAGAUCGUCAGAUGACGAGGAGAGAGAUGGAAGGAGUCGUUCUGCUGAUGCUGCACCUCCUGUUGAGGAGGUUCAGGCUUCUGUAGCUUGUGGCUAGUUUACAGGUAGAUCAUAUAAUGUUUGUCCUUUCUGAAACCAUCAUACUACAGACAGAACGGACAAACAUUGAUAUGAUCUACCUGCAAACUGAUAAAAAGGUGUUUAGU